AUGAUGAUGGAGCAAGCCGUCCAGCAGCCAGAGCCCUUCCGCUAUGAGUUCCAAGGGGACCCCACCGAGCAUGUGUCCUUGUCGAACGUGCUCGGGCCCAACCCGUGGAAUGUAGGCUUCAUCCUGAAUGGGCGGCUUCCGGAGCAAGUGAUCCAGCUCCUCAAAGCCUUCCUGCGCAGCGUCGCCAUGCGGUUUCCCAAGUCCUACUCCUUGGAGGAGGCCAUGAAGCCUGCGGCAGUUCGUGGGAAGCUCCGGCAGGGCAAGCUUUGCCUUGAGUCGGUGGGCAGUUGGUCGCAGAUCAGCCUAAUACAUGUGGCUGCGUUCUGCCAUUACGAGCGCUUAGAGGAGGACAUCCACCUGAUCUUGCGUCUCAAAGGCAACAUCAACGCACGCGCGCUCUUCGAUGUGGAGCUCGACUUCCCAUCGGAUGAUCUGAUCAUCAAGGAGAGAGUCUUCUGCUCGGUUUUGCCGAUUCAUUUUGCGGUCUAUGCCGGGAAUGUGCAUGGCGUGAAGGUGCUCCUCCGGUGCCGGGCCGCGGUGGAAUCGCGGGCCACCUUCGACUCCGUCCCAGACUACACUCCGCUGCAUCUGGCCACGACGCUCUGGGCCCGGGCGGGGGAUGAUGCCGUGAUCCAACACCAGGUGGUGAAGGUUCUGCUGGAAAGCAUGGCAGAUCCCACGACCGUGGAUCUCAGCGGCGUCACUUGCAAUGACCUCAGGCCGCAAGGGAGCUGCACACUCAAAACCUUGCGGGCACGCAAAAUUGGCGGCAUGAAGAAAGGCAUGGUGGUAGAGCUGGACUUGGAAGCCAUCGUGCGGAAGGGCCCCAAGGCGAGGUUGGAAGUGCGCCAGUUUCUUGCUGAGACCGCCGAUGCACGCCGCUGCGAGUUCGUGGUAAUGGCAGAUGCAGAGGACCCUGAUGAAGAGGAUGAUCUGCUUCAGAUAUCCCAGCUGACCAGGGACAACUCGGAGGAGAGCAGGCCGCUCAAGAUCCAGCAGUCUUGCGUGUCCGUGCUCGGUUAUCGCUUCUUCCAGUACUGCCUUCGAUAUGUGCUGAAUGAAAUCUGCGGGACACCACGGGUGCAAUCUCCAAGGUCCAUGGUGGACUCCCCACUGAUACGAUCACGAACUCUGGAUGAUGAGAGCGCCGUGGAGGGAUCUCUGACAAUCCAGGAUUUCCGGGUAGGAGGGCCCUCAAAGCGACGAGCCGUCACUAUCGCGGACUUGCACUCGAGUGAGGACAUGAUGAGCGAAGUGGAGCUAGAGCCUGGCAUCGUGCCGGAAGUGGAGCUCGAAGAUGCCGUGCAGAUGAAGCUGAGCAACCCCCUGCGCCCAGGGAAGUUCUACCGUAAGAGGAACAGGGUCUCCGCGGGAUACCUCUUGCACUAUGCAGUUGACGAGAUGGUCCGCGAGGAGGACAAGAAGUGGCAGACUCCUCCCGAGGAUGUUCUGCAGUACAUCGUCGCCAGUCGCGCUGACAUUCACGCCAAAGCAGAGGUGGAGCGCAGAACCAACGCGAACGAGUUCUGCAGCGUCACCAGCAUGCAUCUUGCUGCAGUGGGCCACUGCCUGCCAGCUGUCAAGGCCUUGCUCAACUUGGGUGCGUCCCUUGAAUCAGCCUCAGUCUUUGACAAGAUCCCAUGCUGGACGCCCCUCGCCGAUGCGAUCGUAGCCACCAUUGACUACAACCAUGCGAUGCGAAGUUCGGCAUCGCCCUACCCUUUGAUCAGGGGUGCGAAGGACUCUGUUAUCCAAUACCUCCUGGAGCAACGUGCCAAUCCGGACGGUUGUGGUGGCAGUGGAGGCCUAAGCUGUUUGCACUUGGCCGUCGGCAAGAACUGUGAUACGGAGCUGAUCUGCCUGCUGGUGGAAAACAGCGCAGACGUGACGCUCAAGACGAGCGCCUACGUCCGCGCCACCCGCGCGCAUGGCAACCGGGGAUGGGAUCGAGGCUUGACUCCACUACAGAUCUGCGACUAUGCAGACCAGGUCUAUUCCCAAAAGCAGCGAAGCGAGGUCAUGGCGCUGCUGGCACCUUCCCUGCGAGGCGCCAGCUUCUUGCUCCAGGACGUGACCAGCAUGGCCGCUUUCAGCGUGAGCGGCGCCCAAGAGCUUGUAAAGCGUGUCGUGGAAGAGUCCAACAAGGACUCUGGCGGCACGGCGGCGCGUGCUCUCUCGACGCUGCGCCUUCGUGCGGUGACGGGGGCUCGGUCCGCCGAGGGCCUGGAGCCAGUGGACAGCAUUGCGGAGCUGUUGGAGAUUGCACCAUCCAUUGCCAUUUCGGUGCUGGAUGACCUGCUCCUGACGGAACCUGACACUGAAGAUCCACAUGUGCAUCCCCUGCCUCACCGGGCAAACAUGAACUACAAGCAUCGAGCGCAAGGAUUCGGAUGGUCGGCUACCGUUUUCGACCUGCCCAACUUGUCGGUACAAACCUCCUACCAGCCCGACACGAAUGAGGAUAGGCAGACUUCGGACCUUUAUUGCCACUCCAGUGCCUUCGCAAGACACAAGGCUUGGCCUUGCUGGCUCCGAUCGCACCAGUGCUGGCACGGGACGCUGGCCCCGAAGGCGUCGUGCAACAGGGCGAACCUGAUGGAUCCCAUGGGCAUCCAGAAGGUUGUGGAUCAGAUGGGGGCGCCGACGGCAUUAAAGGGACGGCACCAGGAUGGAGACCGCGAUGUUUGCAUCAAGGUUUUGCUGCUGUCCAACGUCUUGGAUGUGCGCAUCAUGAUGGCGCUGACCAGUGUCAGCUGGAGCGAGAUAUUUGCGGAGAAGGUGGUCCAAGCCAUCCUCAGCUGUGGCUACGAGUCGUUCUGCUUCCGACCUAUCACUGCUUCGCUUCUCCAGGAGCUUAUGCUGUUCUGCGCGUUUCUGUCUUGGUCAUUUGGCUUCUGGCUCUGGGAACCACGGAAGACGGCCUGGACGGUGAUCUUCGCCAUCCUGGUGAACGAAACCAUCACCAUCGUUUGGUGGAUGCGGGGUCACUUUUGCUAUGGCUGGACGCUGAAGCAGUUUUUCCUGCAUCCCAUGGCUGGCUUCCGGAUCAUCCAGCUUUACCUCUUGUGGUGGCUGCUGUGGAGGACUUUCUUUGGCUACGACCUGGACCACACCUGGAGGAACGACGAGGACUUGCAGGGCAACAAGCGGACCUUUGAGCGGAGCUUGCUUGGUGCGAACAUGCUCCUGCAAUGCUUCUUGUUCAUCUUCCUGGCAAAAGGUGCAUCUCCUCGGCUGGAGUUUGGUCGGCAUCUCCUGGCCAUACUCCACUCUUUCCUCCGGUUGGGGGUCAUCUUCACCGUGUUGAUCUUGGUAUUUGCAAGCUUCACAUCUGCGUACAUUGUCAUGGGCUCCAAGCUUCCGCUGCGGGCUCUCAUCGAGAAGGUCUACCGCGGCCUCUUCCUUGCGGACGGAGAGGGGCUGGAUGUCAUGGAGGGUGAGCUCCAUGAUGGAGAGCUGCAGCCGAACAACCUCGACACCUAUCUCACCUUGUUCUCCACGUUCAUUGUGACCAUCUGCCUGCUAAACGUCUCCAUUGCAGUCUUUACCAUGGAGUAUGAAGCUGCCAUCAAGGAGUCUUGGCUCCACUUCUGGCGCUGGCGGGCGCGCCUCUGCGCCGAGGUCCUCCUGUGUCCACGCUGGCCAUGGAAAUUUGAAGCCAAGUGGGCGCUGUGCUCGGAGCGGCGGCGCAUGGCCCAAUGCUUGGAGUGGGCGGCGCAGAAGCUCAAAGAGGAUGUCAUGCCCCUGAUCCAUGGCAGCCGGCUCUACCAAAGGACGUUCAACCUUUGUGGGUACAGAGUGAACUGGGAGCCUCUGACGGAGGCAGAUCUUGAGCCAAAGGACGAGGAUGCGGACUACGUGAAGAUAGUGGGCUGGCUCACAGCUGUUGGCCUUGCCCUCUUGGGCUGCAUCCUCUUCUGUGCCUGGUUCCUUCAUGCUGCCUUUCCGGGCUUGGCGUUCGGCUUGGCCCUCACGGUGCUGAAGUCGAUGUGUGCCAGGGGCCCCUUUGGGCUGGCGACGGCUGGCCAGGAAGCAUGCUGUGAGGAUGAGGAUGAGGAGGAGCACUCGCGCCACUCGACUGACCGCGCUCAUUUCCUUUGGAUCUGCUAUCGUGCGGACUACGACGCGAACGUGUUCAUGAACAAGGAGGUCCACAAAGAACAUUUGGACCAACUUGAGUCAAGACUACACACCGUGUCCCAAAACGUCGAGAAGUGGGGUGAGGAGGUCACGAACAUCACCCAGAUUCUGGGGGUUCUUAAUGACUCGGUGAAGCGCCUGGAAGCCCGGCUGAUCUGCACGCCACAGGCGGCAGCUACCCCAAUGAGUGCGGUGCCCGACCCCAGCGGCCUCUUUCGUGCGUCCUCGGUGCCGCACGCCACGCGGAGGCCGUCGUACUUCCGUCGCAUGGGCAGUCUGCCUAGCAGCCACGGAGGGGAUAGCACAUCGAUGGAUACCUCUUUUCGGCCCAGUUCGGCAGGGCAGACGUGA